UAAGCAUCUGCACCCAAGCGACAUUCAAGUCAAACGCAGAACGUCCAUAUCGAUAAAUGAGUUCCUGAAGUGCUGUACUGCGUAGAAAGAGCAUGGCGCAUGCUACGACGCAGACCAUUGCUAGGGAUAGCAGUCUCUUUUAUUGGAUUCUGCUCCCGAUCACAAUUGUCAUGAUUCUGACGGGCCUUCUUCGCCAUUAUGCGACAAUUCUACUCCAAACGAGGCCCAAGAAGCAGCCUAUAGCAAAGAUUCGAGAACAACGAAGUCUCCUACGCGGCGUCAACCUUCGCACUAGUUGUCACGUAAUAUCACCCUCUGCAUUCCAAGCGCGCAAAAGCUGUUUAGUUGCGGCAUAUAAGGAAGGCACGUUUCUGGCUGAUCCAGAGGGUAGAGGCAAGCCUCCUCCAAAUCCCAUGAGCGACCCUGCGGCACUUGAGGGCAUGAUGGGAAUGAUGAAAGGAAACAUGGCCAUGAUGGUGCCACAGACGCUGAUCAUGGGCUGGAUCAACGCUUUUUUUUCUGGAUUCGUCAUCAUGAAGCUUCCAUUUCCUCUAACUCCGCAGUUCAAAUCAAUGCUUCAGUCAGGUGUAGGCACUCGCGACUUAGAUGUACGGUGGGUAUCAAGUUUGUCUUGGUACUUUUUAACUCUCUUUGGCCUCCAGCCUGUUUACAACUUCAUACUUGGCAACGACAACUCGGCAAAUCAAAUAAGUCAACAAAUGGCACAAAUGAACCCAGGAGCGGGGAUUAUGGGCCCAAGUAAUGAUCCUGACAAACUAUUUCAAGCCGAAGCCGAAAAUUUGGAGGUUAUUGAACAUGAAUACAUCCUCGAUGGAAUCGAGGAUCGCCUGCUCGCAAGCUUGCUUUAGUUCGAGAUUGCCCUAGAUGACUUAUAGAUCACAAUUAUGUUAGGGAAUUUGCGAUCAUCUGGUGCAAAAUAUACUCAGCAGGAACCAGUUUCUAGCUUAUGUAGCCAUGGACAUCGUUUGGGUGAAUUCACAAAUGUACACCAUGCGACAAAAUUCGUCAUUGUGGACAGGUUGCGGAAACGACAUAGUCUAAUUUUGGCUGUUCUUUUUCAGGAAUUGACAGAGUAUAUAGGUGGAGGAUGGCUUCCGAGCUCACCGUUUCGUGCUGCGCCUGACAGUGUCCAAAAUACAGGGAUGUCGGGGGAUAUGCAGGCAGCUCGGUGGCUCAACCAAGAAUCUCAGGAUGUUCCAUCAG